CACGUCAUUCAGUCACUGCUGCCACUGCCUUCACCUUCCACGCCAUGGGCAAGAAACAAUCAGGGUCGGCUGAGAAAAAGCCUACGGAAAAGAAAGGUGGAAACAGCAAGAACACCGACAAAGGUGAUCAAUCCGAGGGAAAAGGAAAGGGUGGUUUGAAGGCCGCAACUGCUAUCAACGUCCGCCAUAUUCUAUGCGAGAAACACUCCAAGGCAACUGAGGCAUUGCAGAAGAUCCAGGAGGGGCAGCGCUUCGACAAGGUAGCGCAGGAAUACUCAGAGGACAAAGCUAAAGCUGGUGGCAGUCUUGGCUGGAUGGUGCGAGGGUCUAUGGUUGGUGCAUUCCAAGAUGCUGCAUUCGCCCUUACCCCGUCCACUGUCGACAAACCCGUUUUGUCGCCUUUAGUCAAGACGAAUUUCGGAUACCACGUUAUCAUGGUAGAGGGUCGUAGAUGACUCGACGCCCUCUGUAUCUUCCAUAUACUACUAUGCACUCGUUUGGCUUGAGUCUACAAU